AUGUCCAUGAAGCUUUACAAGCGUUUCAGCGCUGAAGAUGAGAGCGAUGCUUUUGCUACGAUGGAGAAUGUGCUGUUGCAGCAGCAGCAGCUUCUCUUGACGCAGGUAGAGGAAGUUGAGCAGGGUAUUUCAGGGGAGGUCACGGGCGACCCGAUAUCUCCAGUCGAACCACUUUUGCCGACUGCGUCAACCCCGACUUGGAAUGUCCCUCAAGCAUCGCCUAUUCCUCCUCCGGCCGCCCCCCGAGAAUAUCGUUUUACACCUGACAACCAGAACGCGGCAAGCCAACUUGACUUUCCGUCAAUAGCUCAACCGUCAGGAUCUCAGUUCCCUCCGGCGGAGGAUGAUCGGGGCUUGGUCUUCGCGUCUGUGGCUCCAAGACGAGCAUCGCCUCCUCCGCAAGCUGCCUUUGGAAUCCAGGCGCCGUCACAAGCACCACCCGCCGGAAUUGUUCAACCAUUGUCUCCAGCUCCCAGGGGACAACAUGUGUCUGAGCCACGUGCGGCCCAUGACAUGAGCGGAGCCGUGCACAUCAGACGCCAACUAGAUGAACAAGAAGAAAGACAAGAGUCGGAGCGAGAUGCAAAGUGGUGGGCCGACAUAGGCAAAGACAUUUCGCCGGCGAGACCCCAGAACUCUCGUAAAAGACAGGGCGACGAGUUGCCCGGUACAGCUGGCAAACGACAGCAAACCGGAAACAGCCACGCGCGCGGUCUUCGUGGCGGAAAGGAAGAGGGGAACAAAUGGUUCCGCGAACUCUUCAAGAAGUUGAAUCCUUUUCCCUCUAGAGAUCGAAAUGGAAAGGAAAGCAAGCACCAGCAUUCCUUUGGUAACGACCAGAUCAACUCCGACACAAGUCAGACUCACUAUCAUGAAAAAAGCGUCGAAGGACUUCUCAGGAUUGCUUCCCUGAAAAGUCAAUUCCAUCCGGUGCAUCAAGAAGAAAUGGCCGUCAGGGACCAACUAGCAGACCUUGUCACACUCUACGACAGCAUGACCACUCGUUUCAGUCGUCAAACGGCCAGCAGUCCUGAUUACGAGACACAAAGGCAGAUCGAAACGCUGCUCGAAGCUUUCAGAAAGUUCCCCGUUGAGCUCUUCGAUACCCCGGACACGUGUCGUACUCUUGAAGACCUCGCGACCUUUUGCGAAACCACGGACCGCACGACCCCCAAGACCCCGGAAGAAGAAGAACAAAAAGCGGCGGCGCUCGCCAGCGCUGCGGCGAUGAUAGGCCAGUGCCACGACCGGCUAGAGAAGCAGACUCUCUUUGCAGCCAAGGUUUUUGUAGACGGUGAAAAGACGGGGGGCCUGUUUGCAAAUUGGAUCAACGGGGAGCGUGGACAUCUUGCACACGAGGCGGCGUUCGGGGAGAGGGCCCGUCAGACGCCGAAGCUUUUUCGCAGAGGCCGGGGGCAGUAUCAUGUAGUAUAA